GAGAGCUUAAUGUCCUGUCAAUUGAAAUGGGCACUCAAAAGGAGAUUGUAAUUAACCAAUUGGAAGAUCAAGAAGCGUGGCAAAUGUUCAAGAAGAUGGUUGGUGAUAGGGCUGAAAGUGGCGAGUUGCAGCCUACAGGCUUUGGGAUUGCCACAGAAUGUAAGGGAUUACCCCUUGCUAUUGCAACACUUGCAAAAGCUUUGAAAAAUAAGACUUUGCCUGAAUGGAAGAGUGCUCUACAAAGAAUGAAAAGUCCCUCUCCAAGCAACUUCGAGGGGAUACAUGCAAAAGUUUAUACUGCUAUCGAGGUGAGUUACAAUCACUUGGGAAGUGAGGAGCUCAAGCGAACUUUCUUACUUUCUAGUUUGCUGGGUCACAACGGUUUUAUUCAAGACUUGUUGAAGUAUGGUGUAGGACUAGGCUGGUUCUCACAAGCUAGUACAAUAGAGGGAGCUCGGAAUGAUUUAUUAACAUUGAUAAGUGAUCUGAAAGCUUCUUCUUUGUUGCUUGAUGGUUCUGACGGAGGGCACGUUGAUGUUCAUGACGUUAUUCGUGCUGUAGCUUUAUCAAUAGCCGACAGGGAUUGUCAUGCAUUGCUCUUAGCAGGUGAUCGUUUACUAAAUGAGUGUUCAGAUGAGAAAGCACUUAAUGAUCUCAAAUGGAUACGUCUGGAAUAUCCUAAUAUGAAUGAGCUUCCUGAUGUGUUAGAGAGUCCUCAGCUUACUUUGUUUUGUUUGUAUAACAAGUAUCCUUCUCUGGAAAUUCCAGCAAACUUCUUCAAUGGAACGCAAAGACUCAGGGUAUUGGACUUGACUCGUAUGCAAAUUUCAUCCCUACCUUCAUCAAUUUCCCUCCUGAGGAACCUCCGCACAUUAUGCUUGGAUCAAGGCUUAUUAGGAGACAUAAGCAUUAUUGGAGAGCUGAAGAAUUUAGAAGUUCUAAGCCUUUUGAGGUCUGAUAUUAAAAUGCUACCAAGGGAAAUUGGACAGUUGACUCGGUUAAAGUUGUUAGAUUUGAGUGGCUGCAGUAAACUUAAAGUUAUCCAGCCGCGUGUCUUGGCGAGUAUGUCCAGAUUAGAAGAACUGUACCUGGAAAACAGCUUCAACAGAUGGGAGCAUGAUGAGCAUGAAAGUCAACGAAAUGCUAGCCUUGCUGAGUUGAAGCAAUUGAAGAAAUUGACUGCUUUGGUGAUACGUAUUCGUGAUGUUAAGAUGAUCCCAGAAGACUUGUCUUUUGAAAAGCUUGAAAGAUGCAAGAUAUUCGUUGGCGAUGCUUGGAACAAAUGGGAUAGUUCUGCUGAAAUCUCAAGAAUAUUGAAGCUGCAGCUGAGGGCAUCCAUAAGUUUUGAUUCUUCACUGAAACAGCUGUUGAAGAUGUCUGAAGAGCUACAUCUAGAGGGGUUGAAGGGUGUCAAAAACAUACUAUAUGAGUUAGAUAGUGAAGGUUUUCAAGAAUUGAAGCAUCUUUAUAUUCAUAAUGCUCCAGAUAUUCAACAUAUCAUGAAGUCGGCAGCGCUUCACAAUGCAUUUCCAAUCUUGGAAGUAUUAUCCAUUCGCAAUUUGAUUAAUUUGGAGAAGAUUUGUUAUGGCCGGCUCAGAGUGACAUCUUUUUGCAAGUUAAGAAUAAUAAUUGUUGAAUGUUGUGAUCAGCUGAAGAUGUUGUUGUCAUUCUCUAUAGCUAGACAGCUUCUCCAACUCCAAGAAAUCGGAGUAGCAGAUUGUAGAAACAUGGUGGAGAUUAUGAUGGAAGGGGUAAUCGUGGCAGAUGGAUUAGCAGAAGAAGAAAGGAGCAACAAGAUAUCGUUCCCUAAUUUGCAAUCCCUGGUACUUGAAGGCCUUUCCAAACUCACAAGAUUCUGUCCUGAAAAUGGCAUUGAAUUCCCCAACCUUAUACAUCUUGAAAUAGGCAAAUGCCCUAUAUUUAAGACAUUCACCUCUAGUCCUGGUACUGGAGACAUUGCAGUCAGUAGUGAGAAAGCAGAAAACACCUAUGCGCCACCUUUCUUCAAUGAAAAGGUGGCAUUCCCUCAAUUAGAGAGGCUACUGAUUUAUCGGAUGGGGAAUUUGAACAAGAUAUGGGCUGAUCAACUUGAUGGAGAUUCCUUUUGCAAACUAAAAGUCAUUGGUAUAGGUUGGUGUGAAAUGCUAGUGAGCAUUUUCCCAUUUAGUAUGCUGGAAAGACUACAGAGACUAAACGAUCUGCUCAUUCCCGAGUGUGAUUCACUAGAAGAAAUAGUUGAAGCACCCAAUGCUAGCCAUUCACAAGCUCUGGCAGACACUCAGCCGACGUUGGUGGAAACUGACACCAAGUUCGUAUUUUCGGAAUUGACAGGACUGAGGCUGCACAGGCUACCCAAGCUCAAGGGUUUUUGCCAUCGAAUGCAUAUUAUAUGCCCAUCUCUGCAAUCAUUAGAAGUUUUUGAAUGUGAGCAAGUGCAGGUAUUUGCUUCGAAGUUUCCAAGCUUCCAAAGAAUCAAUGGAGAUGAUCAACGUGAAAUUCAAAUUCAAUGUCCUUUCUCGGUCAGCAAGGUACGGUCUGUAAAAACACUGCAUGUUGGGAUGCAUUAUUAGAUUUCAAGUUCCAGUAAAUCUCUCUUGAAGUCUACCUUUUUCGGUCAUUAGACGUUGCACUGGUUUUAAACUGCAUUAAUAGAUUAAAAAAAUACUG